AAAUGAUUCUCGGUUCCUACAUUUGCAAACAAAAAACAAGAAUGGCGAUCCUGUUAUUUUCUAUCGUUUUCCGGCUCCAAAACGCUGGAAAGAAACGGCAGAAAGGAGGGAGCGAUGGAUUAUUGCGUGUCAUCGCGGAGACUCAUUCGUGUGCAAGAAAGACAGCUACAUAUGUAGCUUGCACUUUGUCGGUAAAAAUGGGCCAACUCUUGAACAUCCUGAUCCCAUAUCAGCUAUAAAAAGCAAAGAAAAGGUUUGUCGAAUGUAUUUGCGUGUUUUAUUGUAAUAUUUAACUUGCGUUUCCGAGCAACGAGUUUAUACAUAUUUAUAUAUUGUAGGUUGAAAGGCUUCAUCGUAAACGCAAAGCUCCCAAGCAGCGUUUAGGCAUAGAUGUGUCAGCAAGAAAGGCUACAAAAGUCGAGGGAAAUGCAGAAGCGUCAGAGAUGUUAGAUCUAUUGGAUUCGGACUCAUAUGACUCAAAGUUGGAAACGACAAAGGAGGAAAUAGUAGCAUCCGAAAGUUUGUUGUUAUUGGGAGAAGACAUGACAGAAAGUUCAGAACAAAAUGACAUUGGCUCUAUAAAAAAGGAUGAGAGCGUGCAGGUAUAGCAUAUAUGUAUAUUUAAGAUGGUCUAAAGAGUUAAUUCAAGCUGAUUGUAGAGGCAAUUGCCAUUUAUAUCAAUUCUGGUUAUUUGCUAAAAUUAACAUUUUGCAAAAUGCAUCUGUUCAUAACAAUAAUAUUUAUUAUUUAUAUACAUACUGUAGUAUGUGUUUAUAGCAGAGUGUAUAGAUCAGUUCAUAUUUCGUAUUGUAUAGACAGGCUAGACAGCUGGUGCAAGUGUAGAUGAUAGUAGAGUAGUUUUGUAAACAAUGAAUUUAUUCACAAGUUUAUAUUUAUGCUUUAAUUUAAUUAAUAGACAAAUGUUGUAGCUUUGGACAUAAAAGACUAUUCAGAUGAGAUGCUAAAGAGUUCCAAAAAGUUAAUGAAAUAUUUAUUCAUUGCUCUGGUAGAUGACCCAAACAAGACCUACCACUAUACAGGUUGGCAGUAAUCAUGGUUUAUUUUAAUGCAAAAUAGAAUAAAAUUUGAUAAAUAUUUCCCUUUCUGUUAAAGGUUUAUCAAAGGAGUACCUUAAUGUUUUAUAUGUGAAUGUGAAGAAAAAGGCAAAGUCACUGACAAUGUGGUCAGGUACUAUAAAGACGAAACCAAACGUUGGCUUACAAAGUAAAUAUGAAAAGGUAAAAACAACGAAAAUGAAUAUAAUGUUAGGUUAUUAUGUCGACAUUCAUUGCCAUGAUAUAUUAGUUAAUCAGAUGCAAUGAUCAAGGCACCAUGUUAGUGAUAUUAUAAUACCAUUUAGGCUCGCUAUUCCUUGGUUUCCUUUGUGUUACCACCAAAUUAACCCAUUGAUUGGCAGCACUCUCUACUUGACGAGUAACAUCAUCUGGCGUUAGACAGAGUAAAAUACUAAUUUAAAUUAGGGCGCAUCAGGGUGCAUUGCCACUUUUAGGGUUAAGCUAUCAUCAUCAAAUGGAAUCGAAGUAGUUAAUGGUUGCCAGGGCUCUAUAUUGAUGGGCUAGCUUUGUAAAUAAUAUGCCACCAUGCACCAUAUUUCACAAUGACCUGCUGAGCACUUCCCCUUUAUUAGUGAAUAAAAUUAUCUGGGUGGUAAUUCAUUUCUAGAAAGCAGACAACCUAACAAAUAUUAAUGUUUUAUAUUUUUGUUUCACUUUUCAGCAAAGCCUGACGACUGCAAGUCUUACCAUAAGGGAACAACUGAUUUUCACACUGGUUCGGUUACGGAGACGGCCUACUUUAGCUUCGUUGUGUUCCACUUUUGGCAUAUCUGUUGGAUCUGGCA